AUGAGGUCGCACAGCAGCAGCAGGGAGGUCGGAGUGUUUGUCCGGAUCAGACCGACUGCAAACUUCUCCCAAGACGUCAUUGAAUGUGUGCCUGAUGGACAGACAGUGAACAUUUAUCACAGGAAAGUCUCGAGGAAGCCCCAGGACACCAGGAAAAGUCAGCUGAGCUAUUGGUCAUUCCGGCUGGAAGGCGUCCUGCAGGAUGUAUCCCAGGAGGAGGUGUAUUCCCAAGUGUGCCGACGUGUGGUACUGGGAGCACUGGAUGGCUAUAAUGGUACCGUGAUGUGUUUUGGGCAGACAGGUGCUGGGAAGACCUACACAAUGACAGGAUCUACAGAAUCAUACAAACAGCGGGGCAUAAUUCCUCGGGCCCUUCAGGAGGUGUUUCGGGAGGUGGAAAAAAGGACUGAGCACUCCUUCUCUGUGCACCUGUCCUACCUGGAGAUCUACAAUGAGACCCUGGUGGACCUGCUGUCAUCGCUGCAAGGCUCACCACGUCCAUCUGCUCGUGGUAUGUCGGUGAUGGAGGAGCCAGGAAGAGGGGUGUUCAUCCGAGGUCUGUCUCUUCAUCCUGUCCACAGUGAAGAGGAGGCGCUCAACCUGUUGUUUGAGGGUGAGUUGAACCACAUUAUCGGAUCACACGCCUUGAACAGGAACUCCUCGCGGUCACACUGUAUCUUCACUGUGCAUAUAGAGUCUCGCUCACGUACUCUGUCUGAAGCCAAGUACGUCACCUCCAAGCUGAAUCUGGUGGAUUUGGCCGGGUCAGAGAGGAUGGGAAAGACUGGGUCGGAGGGUCAGAUGUUCAAGGAAGCCAUGUAUAUCAACAAGUCCUUGUCCUUCCUGGAGCAAGCCAUCCUGGCCCUGGCAGACCGUCGCAGAGACCAUGUUCCCUUCAGACAGACUAAGCUCACUCAUGCCCUCAAAGACUCGCUGGGGGGGAACUGCAACACUGUGCUUGUGGCCAACAUCUAUGGUGAGGCUGCACAGAUAGAAGAAACGCUCUCUACUUUGCGUUUUGCCAGCAGAAUGAAGUGCGUCCGGACAAACGCUGCUGUUAAUGAACACACCGAUCCAGCAACUCAGAUCAAGAAACUUAAGAAGGAUAUACAAAUGCUGAAAGAGGAACUGUCCAUCUACAAUACAUUGGCAAGCCGACCGAGCAUCACGUACGAGCCGUUGUCAGAAGCCCAGCUUGCUGAGAUCCACAGCCAGGUUCAGAGGUACCUAGAGGGUAGCCUGGAGGAAAUUAGUAUUGUAAGUAUCAGGCAGGUCCAAGCAGUGUUCGCUCAGUUCAAGCUUGCUGUGGAGAAACAGGGGCAGAAGGUGAAGGCUCAGCUAUGCCGGACAUACAACCUAGUGGAGAAAGAACAAAGUGCUAACACAGCUGCCAUCAAGGAUUUGGACAGCAGAGGCAGCAUUGAGAAAGGGGAGGUUGGCAGCAUUGAGAUGUCCACUCCAUCACCAAAAAACGCCCAGCGCCCAGGUUCAACCAAAACCAAAAGUAAAAAGCCUAAAGACAAACCGAGCCAAAACAAGAGACAGGGAGAUGGGAGUCCAGUUUCAAGGAAGCGUUUGGAGAGUGCCUCCAAAUCAAAGCUGAAUUCUGUCCAGACGCCAGAGAGGGAAGAGGAGUCACAAGAACCAGACACCGAGAGCCAGGACACACAGGAAUCGCAACCGCCCGGCAACGAACCCUUCCAUCUAGACUCUGCUCUACCCAAAGCAGAAGCCUUUGAGGACUUUAAAGCGGGACCAGGCAGCAAGAUCAACCGCAUCCUUAAGGAGAACAAGAGCGUGCUACUGGAACGCCGCAGUCUGCUUCGACAGCUGACUGAGGAGGUCAACGCUGUGAAGAGAGAGAUCGACUACACCGCAGCCUCUGUACAGCAGCAGAAGCAGACGAGAGGAGGCCAAGGUCAGUAUUUGGUCACGGAGGGGAAACCAGAUGCCACUUCGUUGAUGCAGCUCAGAGAGCUAAAGGCCCGGUACCGACAGAGAUAUGAGGUGCUGCGCGACAUCAAGGCCGAGGUCAACUACUGUCAACACCUCGUGGAUCAGUGCAGGGUGCGCCUGCUCUCUGAAUUUGAUAACUGGUAUAAGAAGUCUUUCCUGGUACCUGAGGAGGAGUUGGACAUAACUAUGGAUAAGACCCGUGACCAAAGGGAGGAUGAGCAGCCGCCGUAUGAGCUUCUUCCUGACAGCUCCAGCUCUGCUGAGUCCUUCUACAACGCCCGCUACAGAGUGCUGAAAAAGAGGAACAAUCGGGCGCUGGCCUGUACUCCAGUCCAGAGGAACUCGUCUGGACAGAGAAGACUUCCUCAAAUUGUCCCUGUUAGCUAAGUGAGUUCUAUGGACA